CGCCCCGUGUAGUUUGUGGCGAGAACACCCCCCCCCCCCCCGCUCUAGAAGGGAAUUAUAGACGAAGAAAAUCGAGUGGAUGUUGAACUUUUUUUCGCACCGUACGCAGCCAAGGUGUUAGGGAGGACAACAAACGAAACGCACGGAAAACAUCUCGAAAGAAAUUAGUUAUCAACCUCGGCUUAAAAGAAGAUUCGUUAGAGAGACGCUUCUGUGAAUUGUUGGAGAGACGCUUCUGAUAAACAAACAAAAUAACUUCAACGCAUACGUCAAUAACACUGUGGUCUUAAAUAGGGGGAAACAAUAUAUAAUAGGCAAUGGCUCCGUGCUAUGAAAAGAGUCAUUGCCCGAAACGUCGCCUUUCAUAUAUAAUUUUUUUGGGGGGGGGGGGUCAGAUAGCGUAAGUAAAAUGUUUGUCGUACACCAUCUCCGACACCCCUCCGCAGACAAUGAAUAAAGUUACCGCGUGAUCGAACAUGCCUGCACACUGUCAUGUUUGGAGAGAAAUCCACAACAUUGAACAAUCGAUCACGGACCGUAACAUUGGUCGCGAAAGCCCACGCGUUCGAUCACCCCUUAGGAUCGCAAUUAAUUCGUCCGGCGCUCUCGACCCAUUGCAACGUCAUGAGGUCGCAGGCACGUCCGCUGGCAUCGCAACUGAAAAUCACGCGAGACGUCAUGGAUUUAAAUCCCCCCGUCCAGCAGCAGCAGCGCAGGGUGUGGCUUGGAACGCGACUGCCGCUGCUGUUGCACGGGAGACCGGAGUUGGAGUCUUCGACGCGCACGGAACGCCGUCAAUGCAAGCAUCACGGCAGCAGCAUCGGCAGCAUGUAUCGAACCUUCCUCUUCAGCUCAGUCCUGGGACUUGUCGGGUUCGCCUCCCGAUGCGGAUCUUCGCCGACGAUGAUGGGAGUUGAAGUCGACUUCGAUGCCGCCACGCAGAGUGUAUUCGUGUUCCUGCAGCCAAACUCGCAUUGUGAUCGCGAGGACAGCACGGAGCACGUGACCUUCGCUCAGGUGCACACGACCUGCCGAGACCGGCGGCGCCCGGCAGCCUCCGUGUCUCUGCGAUGCCGACCGGGCCGGGAGCAGCCGGUCGCGCCGUCAAGCGUUUACCUGUGCAGCAAAGGCGGUGACAUUGCGUAUGGCGUCACUUCGUGCGGAAGCCCCGUGCGGAUGAUGCUGCGCCUACCCGCGGAUGCUGGCUGCGGCGAAGAUGCGAACGGAACUUCCGACGACUUCUCUUCGACCGCAGCCACGGCUGGAGGGCAGGCGCCGAUCGCCGCCUCCGUGGGGGCGGCCGUGGUGUGUGCGAACGCGGCGCUCUGCGCAAACUCGACGGAGCCGCGCUCGCUCGGCCUGGCGUGGGGUCGCGCGUUCACCGUCUUGCUGCGGCCCGCGGAUGCCGUUGAUGAAGAAUUUGCGUCCGUGGAGCGCAUGGCGGAUGUGGCGAGCGAUCGGCCACACCCCGCGGACAGGAACACGCUCUUCCACGGUGUGGUCGCCUUCCUCGUCUGCGUGGGAGUCGCCCUGCUGGCCCUCCUCGUCGUCUGGACGAAACGGCAAAGGUCACAGCAGCGAACGGGGCCUGGCCAAAAGGACAUCGCUGUUCAAGAGGCGCAAUUUGCUUGAAUAAAUUUCUCCCAUUCAGCUUUGUAGAAUGUUAGGGCAAAAUGCUGUUAGCGAGCGCCGAUUAAGGCCAACGCAGGCACACGACGGGUACGUGCGCACGGAUCUGCGGUGAAACCGCGAUUUUUCCGUGGAACGAUUAUCUUAGCUGUGGAUUAACCGUGCUCGUGUGAAAAAAAAGAGGAUACCUGUGUAAUGUAACGACUCUGGAGACAUAAACUGUAGGGGCAUCUCCUUAAUUCCUUUAUACUCACACAACUACAACUUGGUAGAACGGAAUAUAAUGCUAACAGUCUAGCUACGAUGGCGCCGACCUAACUAGAUAACUGGUUGACUAUCUAGCGACGGCGACGACGAAGCGAUGACAACGCCCACGACAGCCCAGAACCCCGUUCCUCGCUCCCUUUUAUCCUCCCAGCGUGGCCGUGGCUCCGCCCUGGCCACGCCCCCUUUCUCGAACUCUCUGGUGGGUUCAGGGAGCUCCCAGAUGGAUCUCCUUUCUGACCCUUGGCCUAGAUAUUCCCCCUUGUGGUCGCUCCCGUGUAUCGAUCCUCCCUUCUGCCCAUACUGCUCCCACACCCGCAAUUACCACUUCUGGCCGCCAGUAAGAGCACUGUCUCUACACCCGUACACACGACAAUUUAAUCGCGAGCUGCUCCUCAAAUGUCGUGGGCCGGCGACUCAAUGCCCACGUGACCGCAAAUGCGUCAGCGAGUCAUGCGAUUGCUUUCUGCAAUGAUCAUUGGAAUACAAAGUUACUCUUUUGUGGGAUACAAUAUCGAUCGCGUAUCAAUAAACGUUGCAAUUACUUAACUUUAAAGAUACCCGUAUUGAGAUACCUCAUAGAGACCCAUCUAAAAUGUACACACAUCAAACAGUAAUAAUUAUGUCGUGCAUAAAAACGCAUCCAUUGGCUGAAAACAUCUUAAUACACAAAGAACCGCAGAGCUUUGGCAAUUGUUGGUCGCGCCGGCUCACCGCGUGGCUUGCCUCCCCGUUUGUGCUUCCCUGGUGACCCCCCACGUACUUCACCCCCCCCCUGCCCUGCCCCUCUCUCACCCUCCAGACCCCCUCCACCCCUGCUCUCCUGCCAACCUGCAGCCGCUGUUCCCAGGAGUUAAGAUCGAAUUCUCCGAUUUAGUUGCUUCGCUUGCGAGCACUGUGCCCGAUGCCGGACGCUGUCGCCUGGAUGUGUUGUUGUUUACGUUGUCGCGAUAUUUGCCCACUCUGUAACGUCGCUAAUUAAGGAGAAAUAACAACGCUCGUUUUGUAUUAAAGUUCAUGAAAGAUGUGGAUUUCCAA